GAAACAGUUGUCAUUGAAGCAAAAGCGCUCGACAUUGGCUGGUCAAGAACACACAGUAAUACCGGUGGCGACAAGGUAGAGAGCAUUUUCUACGAAUUCUUCCAGCAAGGGGGGCUAAAUUGCGAAAAGGCGAUAAAGCCAGAGCAGGCCGGGACCACUGGAAUCCGGUUUUCCUAUUCGGAUCCAAGUGGGCGACGGCCGGACUCCUCUCGAUCGGCGGUGUCACCUCGCCAGACGCCUCGGCCUGAGCCCGCCGAGGAGGGUGUGUGUGUGUGCCGGAUCCGAACGUGUUCAGGUGGACCGAGUCCUCGUGUCGGCGGCCUGAGGAGGCCGGCGAGUAUGGCAGAUGGGGCGGAUGGGGCGGCAGGUGUGAAUGAAGAUGGGGCGGAAAAUGGGAGUCCGGCGUGUCGUCGUGUUGCCGCCACUCGGACGAAGGCGCCUGGCCAGGGCCGUCUCUGCGGUUGUGUGUUCCUGGGGCCCGUCGGUCAUCCUCCAUCAGUCGGUGUCCGCAGACUGCGCUACGCUCUGGCCGCAGGCAACGGGGCGCCGACGCGGACAUGCAGGCCGGCCGGCCAGGAUCCAAUGUGGGGCCGACCGGAGGCAAGAGGACAUGUUACCGCCCGACUCCUCGCCACUUGCCAAUUGCCACUUGCCGCUCGGCUCAACCCGGCCCGGCCCGACCCGGCUUGGCCCAGUUCGGCACGGACGUGGCCCGAUUGCGGCGAGACGGUGGACAGCAGCGAUGAACAGACGACCGUUUGUCGGGCAUGCUCACCGUCGGCCAGUCGUCACGGCGACGGCGGCGAUGGCAGUCAGCCUCUGUUGGUACCGGAUCGGAGAGGGCCGGGCCGCAAAGUGUACGUCCCGAGGGCAGGGGGCGGGCCUGAAAUGGGAAUAAACGCAAGACAGGACGUGUCACUUGUCGAGUCAAGAUGGCGGCAGACGCUGCAGAGCCUAGCAACAAAUGGCGCCAUGGGGCGGCAACUUGGCCAAUUUGAUACCGAGCCGUGGAGGCGGGGGGUGGGGGAGGGGGGGACAGGCCAGAGGGUGUGCCGGCUCAUGGCGGGGACGGCACCGGUGAUGGGCCGAACCCGCCGAAGGGAAGGCUGUCGCGUGCUGGCCUAA